CACCGAGCAACCGUGUACUCAAAAAUUCGAUUUGAGAAACACCCGUGACACUGUACUAUCAACACAGCCGAGCUAUCUACUGACCAGUGUUGUUGAGUGGCGAUUCAACAGCGUCUUUACAUCCAAAGCCACUCGAUCUGUGUUGAAGCCAUCACCCACUAUCGAUCGGCCAUGGCCAGUCCCAUUGGAAAUCUCAUUCAUCCGCCGGACCCUCCAUACCGGCAAGGAUCGGGCCAAGCUCCCGGUAUAGACUCGAUUCUCCACAGUCGUCAACCACAUCCGGGUCCGAGUCCGAUCCACCACCUCAGUCCCAUCGGUAACCGGCCCGGAGUUGGAUCUGGCUUGUCUCUUGCUCCACUAUCCUUUCCUGGUCCUUCUCAUCCCAUUCCGCCGCCGUCACAUCUUCCAUCGCAAGCCCAUCGACCAUCACUGCCGUCACCGGUCCAUAAUCCUCCUCUUCCACCACCGUUGUCGAGGAGUCACUCCAACACACAGUCACUUUAUCAGUGUGCCGACUGUUUACGACGGUAUUCUCGGCCUGAACACUUACAGAUAUGCUCAAAAGCCUUUGCCCGAGCUGAUCUCCUAAAGCGUCACCGCACCAACCACCAAGAUGACAAUGGAGCUAAAAGGAGACGCAUGAAUUCCUCGCCUGGUGCUGGACGCGUGACUCAUGCGUGUCAGGCUUGUGCGAAGGCGAGAGUGAAGUGUGAAGAAGCGAAGCCAUGUACACGAUGUAAAAAUCGAGGGAUAAGCUGCGAAUAUGGCUCCUCCGAAGACGCAGCUCUGCAUCUCCUUCAUCUAUCCGCCCACGAUAGGGCUGAGGGUUAUGACCAUGAGGAUAGACAAGCUUCCUACUACCCACGACCUUCGAUUUCCGAGCCUCAUGGGUCUGGCUUCCACACACAUUACCCUUCGGAACCAGUUGAGCACAGUCCCAUGCUCACCGAAAGCGAGGAAUCCCAUAUACCGACUCCCGAAACGAUGAUGGACCAGACUCAGACCGCCAACCCAAACCCAGAACAAGCCUUUCAAGUCCAAGCAACCUAUCCCCACAACAACACAAGUAACAUGCUCGACGACAUGGCCAAACUCCCCUUUUCCGACUUUCUUCGGGACGUCUUGUACGACCAAUCGCUCUCCCAGGCUCAGGGGCUGGCAGUUCUUGACUUUUGCGAUGACUCCAGUCUUGACCUGAAUGCCAUGGACUUUGGGCUUUUGGAUUACUGGUUACACGACGAGCCUUUUAUUCCGCUUCCCUCUUCUGAUCCAGCCCAGCUCGGUCCAAGCUCAGGCCCAAAUCCGUCGACGACUUCCACAGCAGAAACAGGUCAAACGAGUUCUUCAGAUCCCGUGAACAUAUCCGCCAUGCGACCAAAACUAGCUCAGAUAUGGACCGACUCUCCCUGGCGCUGGACCCCCCAGCGAACGGAUAACGUCUACGCCGAACAAUCACACUUGCCUCUCUCAACGUCUGGAUCCUCCUCGCCCUCGUUCUCUCCCAAAUCGGCACUCAAACGCAAGUCAUCCGAUCUUUUUCCUUCACGACCAACCGACAACAACAAUAAAGCAACCCAACAGCAGCAAAACUCCGGCUCCCAGGGGCAGCAGCAACUAAUAACCCUCAAACAGCACACUCUUCACUCCUCGGGCCGCGACCUAAUCCUCUCCAUAGUCCUCUCCAUCUGCAAAUCCAACUCGUCCCAGUUCUCCAGGGUUGCCUCUUCGUUUCCUUCUUCGGGGUCCAUCAACCAUUGGAUCCACAUCUUCUUGGCUUCGCAUUCAUGUUCCGUGUCGAGUUUUAUACCUUGUCAUUUGCCUCCUCCUCCUUCUUCUUCUUCCUCUUCUGGUUCUGGCUCCGGCUCAAAGGACCACUCCACCUCCGCUCUCCACUGGUCUCUCAACGCCCAACCCCCCGAAUGGCUCGCCAUAACCGCCGCCUGCGGUGCCGUCCUCGCGCCCGUGCCUGCCCUCCGCAAAUUCGGCUUCGCCCUGCAAGAAGCCGUCCGCGUCUCGAUCCCCGGCCGCUUCGAAGAAAACAACUCCAAAGUGUCCGACCUCGGGCUCGUCCAAGCCCUCGUCCUGACGCAGGACCUCGGCGUCUGGUCCGGCAACCGGCGCAAGAUGGAGAUUGCCGAAUGCCACCUGACGGUCCCCGUCGCCAUGAUGCGCGGCCGAGGCAAAUUCACCCGCGGCGCUUACCUCCCCGCCAUCGUAGUGACGGAAGCCGACGAAGGCAAGGAGCUCGAAGAUAAAUGGAAGCGGUGGAUGGACAUGGAAUCCUGGAAACGACUAGCGUUCCAUGCGUACCUGCGCGACGCGCAAGUGAGCAUGACGCAGCUGAACAAUCCCAGCAUCAGCUACGCGGAGAUGCGCAUGCCGUUACCGGGCCCGAAAGAAUGUUGGUUCGCGCGCACCAAGGAAGAGUGGAAGUCUCGGUGGUUAGCUGCCGCUGCCGCUGCCUCCUCCUCCUCCUCCUCCACCAUGGACGAACAAGUCCCGUGCCUCGGCGACUUACUUCGGGACGUGACCCUCUUGGUCCGCCAUCACCAUAGACUAGACGUCCAGUUCGCUAUCAGCAUCUACUUGCAUGGCUUCUGGUCGCUGAUCUGGGAAUACCGCCAGCUGGCAUCGAUCCAUCGUCCACUAUUCGGACAACCGUCGUCUUCUUCCUCAUCCACCUACACCUCCACGUCCCCAUUCAACAACCCCAAUGCGACAACCACGCAAUCCCUCCUCAUCUCUCGACUCGCCGACCUCCGCAAUACCUUGCACCAAUUCCACGCUUUAGUCUCCCCCCCUUCUUCUCCGUUGUAUUCACACACAACCCCCAAUGAACUCCUCCUCCUCCAUCUUUUACUCAUGCACAUCCACGUGUCAUUAGAAGACUUGCAGCUCUUUUCGGGAAAAGAAGGCGAAGAGCAAGCCAAAAGGAUUUAUCCCGUGCUGCAGCGGUGGGCGGAUAGUAGCGAGGCGCGACAGGCGCUGUGGCAUGCGGGGCAGGUACUCAGGUUCGCGAGGGAGUUUCCGAAAGGGCAGUUGAGAGAGUUUUGGGCGGCCGCGGUGCAUUUGGGCGGGUUGGCUGUUUGGGGGUGGGGGGUGUUGCAGACUGCGAGGGGGGGUGUUAAUUCUAAGGAUGCUGCUAGGGAGUCAAAGGGGGGGAAGGAGAAGGACAAGGAGAAGGAGAGGGAGAGGGAGAAGGGGCAUCAUGAGGGACCGGCAAGUCAUCAUCACCAAAUGUCAAGCUACAUCCAACAAGUGAUGACGCCUACCACCACCACCUCCACCUCAUCCACCCCAGGACUCACCACGCACCAUCAAGUACUAGUAACACUCAACGGCCCUCACACCCCCUCCCUCGACGCCUUCAUCCACCACAACCAAGGCCGUCCCGCUCUUUCUUUCACUUCCUCCCCUUCUUCUUCUUCUUCUUCUUCUUCUUCUUCCAAGGACGGUACUUCUUCCAAGGACGGCACUUCUUCUUCCAAGGAUGGUACGCAUGGUCAGCAUGGUGGUGGUGGUGGUGGUGAUGCAGUCCCACUAGACGACAUAGCAACCUGCAUGGCCAUCUGCCAAGCGAUUCUCAGAGAUAACUUCCCCGCUCCUGCCGCCUCCGCUUCUGCUUCUUCUUCUUCUUCUGCUUCUGCUUCUUCUUUACCCAAUGGAGGUGGAAGUUGUGCUUCUUCUUCGCUCCUCCCGGCUAUAAGCGAGAAUAUUGUAGCGCUGUUGGGGAAGUUGGGGGGUGUUGCGGGGGUUGUUGGUGGUGGUCAUAAUGGUGGUGGUCAUAGUAAUGGUGGUAAAUAA